UUGGGCGUCACAGGACAGAAGAUGUCAAACACACAACGGGUGUCGCUGCCGGUCGCAGUUCCCGGUCUCGUCGGGCUGAUGAGUGGGACGGUGCUAGCCGCCAGCGAGGGCAAGAAGAAAAACCCAGCACCAUCUUUGAACAUUGACGAGCUCCCAUCUCUGUACAGUACUCCAGAAAAGAAGUUCAGGUAUGUGGAGCCAGAAGUGGGCCCUGUGGAGCAGAUUGUGGCUUCCCUGAGGAAACUGCUGGAGCCGUAUACCAGCCAGUGUCAGCAAACCAGUCAGUCAGUGCUGGAGAAGGCAGAGGAAGUUUACAAGACGGUACAACCAACGGUGAACGUCUCCGUUAGGUCGGUCAGAGAUAUGUACCAGUUCCUGAGCAAUCCGCCCCCCAAACUUUACCCCAGCAUUGGGAUCGUGGGAUUCUCCGGCUUCCUGGGACUCUUUCUGGCCAAAGGGUCCAAGGUGAAGCGUCUGGUGUAUCCUGUUGGACUAAUGGCUCUGAGUGCCUCCAUGUUUUAUCCUCAACAAGCGGCCUCCUUAUUGAAGGUGAGCAAGGACUCGGUGGUCACCCGGGCUCAGCAGGGCCACGAGGCUGUGGAGACCCUCUGGAAGGAGCCACCAUUUGGUAAAAAGAUGGAGAAGAAGGGGAAGACGGAGAGCAACGGCACGACCAGCUGAGACUGCAAGACAAUGCACACGCCGCGUUUUUCCAACCUGACAGGGACCUAAAGAGAGAUACAAACACACACACACACACACACAAGUAGCAUCUCUGUUUAAUCUGAUGGUAACUUCAAAACUCAUGUUUAAGCACAC